AUGGCUUCCAAGCCUAACAUGGCGUUCGGCAUUGCUCGGCGGACGAAGAGCACGGGCGCUUAUUUACAAGAACUCUUCGGAUUUAAGGACAAUGUCUUCAGGAGCCACGCCGGCGGCUGUCCAGUCCUCUACUCCUUUGACGAGGUCAAGUACCUUGAACACAAUCCCGAUGGCUCUCCUUUCCAAGACCGUACGAUGGUCGGUCGUGAUGGCUAUCUCUUAAAGGAAGGCGUAAGAGAGCGCCAUCGAGUCAUCAUUGGAACACCUUCCUCGCAGAGUGGACCUUACUCGCGGUACCGGUUGGUUGAAUAA